UACCCGAAGAUCGAAUGCUGAAUGUCCUUGACCACUGAAGUGUUCCCCGACUGGGACGGAACAUUCCUGCCUGGCGAUUGUUGCACGGUGUCCAUUGAUUCAUUGCCAUUGUGUCUGCCUGGGCUCGCCAAUUUCCUGCAGCAUAUGAGGAAAUGAAAAUGCUUUCGAAAUCAACAGAAAAGGCACCUCUACUCCUGGGAACCGCAAAUGUGCUGAAUGUGCCUCAAUGUAAUGUCCUGACAGUGCCGUGCCUUACGUGUAAGAAGAAAUUUACUGCAACGAGUGCUCGUCACCACAAAACCCUGCAUCGCGCACUUGCUAUGCUGCAGUACCGUGCAGGCAGCCAACCUGUCAGCCUGCUUUCCCUCCGGAUCCGCCGGCGGAGCAUCAUUGCCAAGAGGAUGCGAGCCAAGAAAUUCAACUCCCUGGAACUGCAGAGGAUCAACUUUGCAUACGAGAUAGUGAAGUCAAGUCGAUUGUUAACAUGGCCGUUUCUAAUCAAAAGUCCCAUUGUGUGCCAUGAAGAAUUCCCACUGCCUCUAAGACUGCCCGACUAUCCCUGUGUAAAAUCACUUGGGAUGUGGCAGGAUAUGAAUGUCCUUUGGAAGGCUCAGAUGGAAGAUGUCUAUGUUUUCAUGGAUUGUUACGGCGGUCAGAGCGAUGUAUGGUUUCUUGGCCUCUUCAAUGGCUUUCAUGGUACGACUGCGGCACAGUUCACUUCCAGAGAUCUGCCAUUCCUAAUUAUAGAGGAGCUGAGAAAAGCUGGCCAUCCUUAUGUUCUGUCCCACGAAGAGCAUGAAUCUCUCUUGAGCUACAGUGCACUUUUCCCCGACAGCCCAACCGAGGAGUCAUACGUCAUUCUCCCCUCUUCAAAACCUGACGACAGCCAAAGCAACAAAACGUAUCAGUAUGGAUCGAUCCAUUUAGCUUUUGCUAAAGCCUUUUGGAAAAUGGACAAAAUUCUGGGACUGGGGCGUAAUGAAAAUUCAAAGGUCCGUUGGAGCGGUUGUACAGCUGUCACCUGCCUUCUAGAAACCCAUGCCCUGAGCACCAGCAGCAGUUCUGAAAGCCUCUCGGAAGACGAUGUGUAUGAAAUCGGAACACUGCACAUUGCUAAUGCAGGUGAUGUGCAUGCUGUCUUGUGCAAAAAUGGAAAAGGAUAUCGUUUAACUGAAAACCACAGCACCUCAAACCGUAAAGAACGUAAACGUAUUCAUAGAAAUGGUGGAACAAUCAGUAGAAACGAACGACAUGGGCUUGUAGAAGGAUUCAUUCAAUCAACACGAGGGCUUGGAUACCAUGGAGAUCCCAAGCUUAAAACAUCUAUUGUACCAAUACCAUAUACUGUUUCUGUGCCUAUUGAUUCCACAUGCCAGUUCCUUAUUCUAGCUUCAAGUGGAUUUUGGAAAGUGCUGAGUAGACAUGAAGUCAUUUCAAUCUCAUUGGAAAUGCUUUCUUUUUAUUUUAGAUCUUUGCAUGCAGAAUCUAGACAAAUUCGUUCUGUAAUUCAUUCAUUACAUGUUAAGGACAAAUACCUUGACAAACGUUUCUUGUUAGCACAUUUACUUGAGGAGUUUUCGCAGCAAGGGCGCAAAGAUGCUUUGAUGUCACUUGAGCGUUUAUUUGAGGAGCUAUUAAUAAGCAAGGAAAAUAAUCUGGACAGUAAAACCAUGAAAUAUCUACUCAGACAUUAUUCAUUUAUGAAGAAACAUGAUCAUCUUUGGCAAGUCAUGCACCAACUACUUGAAAAUGUUAUAGAAAAGGAGGAAUCCAUGGCAAUUCGUAAAAACUCACUUGAUAUCAAGUUGGAUCAUGACAGCAACGUAUUUCUGCCAACUUUACGUAGGGAACAGAGCAAGCACAAGACAGUGAUGGACAAUUUUCCUAAGGAACCGUUACUGGACAAGAAAGUUUUGAACAACAGGAAUCCCAAAGAACAAUACAGAAGACCAGGGACUGAUGUUGCUGAGGGGCAUUUACACACGGAGAGACAAAAAGUUCGCCAUAAACGAGAGACAAUAACCAAAGAAUCAAAGAUUCAAAAAUCAGUGACCAGGACUUCUGAGAGUUUUCAUUCUUCUUCAUCAGAUGCAUUUGAAGUAAGUUAUAUAAAUCAAGAAGUAAAAAGAGAAGAAUCAAAGCUGGAAACAGGUGAGCAACGACAAGAAAUUCAGUAUGAAACUUUAGCAAAUACCAUCAGCAAAUGUUUAGUUGAAACUGCUAAACAAGCAGGAGCUUGUGACAACAUAACAGUGCUCAUGUUGUUGUUACCUGGUUGUGCUAAUUCACAUUUGAUAAAACAGAAGAAAUGAUGUAAGCUCAUCCAUUCCAGAAAUAAUACUUUUAUUAAAAAUUCAACUUCAUCUCUAAACAUGAAGCUGGUCACAGCCACAUCUGAUAUAUUGUUAAUUUCAAAGAAAACAACUGGCUAAGUAUAUAGUUGUAUAGACAAAAAAAAAAUGUUUGUUCGUUCACAGUAUAAACUUUAUCUAAAAUACAGGAAAUGUAAGUUCAUGACUUGGUGGACACAUGAAUGAGCACCGUUCCUUGUCAGAAUGGAGGUCAUUGGGUCAUCAUCACAUCUAGAGAACUCACUCUAUAAGUGACUAGGGUGGAUUUUAUGAAUGUGAUUUAUAUGCAACUAUUCUCCGCUCACUGAAUUUUGGUGGAGAAAUCGGUGUUUAUCUGGAAAGGUUGCUGUAGUUUAAUUCAUAAAUUUGUUUUGUUGUUGUUGGUAGAGACACUUAUAGAUUCUGUAGAUUUUUGCUGUA